CAAAGACGUCUGUCCAAAACUGUCACUGCAUUUUCCUUCUUCAACAGGUCCCCAUUCCCAGGGGAAUCAAAUGUCCAACAGUAGCUCCAUCACCGAGUUCCUCCUGGCAUUCACAGACACACGGGAGCUGCAGCUCCUGCACUUCGUGCUCUUCCUGGGCAUCUACCUGGCUGCCCUCCUGGGCAACGGCCUCGUCCUUACAGCCAUAGCCUGCAACCAACGCCUCCACACUCCCAUGUACUUCUUCCUCCUCAACUUUGCUCUCCUCGACCUGGGCUGCAUCUCCACCACUGUCCCCAAAGCCAUGGCCAAUUCCCUCUGGGACACCAGGGCCAUCUCCUAUGCAGGAUGUGCUGCACAGGUCUUCCUGUUUGUCUUCUUGUUUUCAGCAGAAUAUUCUCUUCUUACUGUCAUGGCCUAUGACCGCUAUGUUGCCAUCUGCAAGCCCCUGCACUACGGGAGCCUCCUGGGCAGCAGAGCUUGUGCCCAGAUGGCAGCAGCUGCCUGGGGCAGUGGGAUUCUCAAUGCUCUGCUGCAAACUGGUAACACAUUUUCCCUGCCCCUCUGCCAAGGCAAUGCCGUGGACCAGUUCUUCUGUGAAAUUCCCCAGAUCCUCAAGCUCUCCUGCUCACACUCCUACCUCAGGGAAGCUGGGCUUGUCAUGGUUAGUGCAUGCUUUGCUUCUGGAUGUUUUGUGUUCAUUGUGCUCUCCUAUGUACAGAUCAUCAGGGCCGUGCUGAGGAUGCCCUCUGAGCAGGGACAGCACAAAGCCUUUUCCACAUGCCUUCCUCACCUGGCCGUGGUCUGCCUGUUUGUCAGCACUGGAGCUUUUUCUUACCUGAAGCCCCCCUCCAUCUCCUUCCCAUCCCUGGACCUGGUGGUGGCUGUUCUGUACUCGGUGGUACCUCCAGUGCUGAACCCCCUCAUCUACAGCUUGAGGAACGAGGAGCUCUUGAAUUCUGUGAAGAAAGCUCUUAAAACAGUUCUACAUGACAUCCUGAUCUCCAAGUCGGAGAGGUAUGGAUUUGAUGGCUGGACCAUUCAGUGGAUAAGGUGUUGGCUUGAAGGUCGCACCGGCAGACUAUUGAUCAAUGGCUCUACGUCCAAGUGGAGGCUGGUGAUGAGUGUUAUCCCUUAG